AAACUACAACAUUCCAUAGCAAACCAAACCAACCAACCAGCGAACGAACGAACGCAAUGAUGCUCCGAAACUGCAGCAGGGCCCUUUCCAGAACGGGACCGGCGGUCGCCCCCCGCUCGUGCUUCUCGUCUUCUUCCGCGGCCAAGGGCGACGGCCCCAAGGUCACCGUCAAGGACCCCGCCCCGGCCGAGCCAAAGACCAAGCCCAAGAAGAAGCAGCGGCUGGUGGUCGCCGUCGGCGGGAACGCCCUGCAGAGGCGGGGGGACCGGCUGACCAUCGAAAACAUGCUGGUGCGUGCGCGGUGUGGAUCCGUUGUUUCGGUUGGGUUUGUUUGUGUUUCGGGUUUUGCUUCGACAACGACACGUGUUUCUUCUCGGCUGGUGUGCGCACGGAGUAAACCGUGAUCGACGGCACCGAUUUCCACCGCUUGUUUGGCAAACGCCAACAAACACCACUCGACGACUCACACCACUCAUUCGCACGAUGUAUAUUUUUUCAUCCACCGGUUUUUGCCAUUUUGGUUCCAACCGAUGCCAAUUUUUUGCCCUACUUCUGCUUGCGAUGGACGCGACCCAUUUUUACCCCCUCACGAUCGAUUGGAUGCGACACGAAACGCGGAUCGAAAAAAAAAUAAACAACUGCGAUACAGAAAGCCGCGGCCCAGAUGGCGCCUACUCUGGCGGAACUCGCAAAGGACAACGAAUUGGGUACGAUGCAAAAAGUUUUUUUUUAAUUUUGUCUUUGGCCGGGGCGUGAUGCAUUGCAUUGCGUUGUGUUGUGCGGCGAUGUGCUUUGGUUGCUGUUGUUGUUGUUGUUGUUGUCGUUGUCGUGCUGGACCCAAAUCCAGAACGCAAAUGUUUGCUUCGGUCUCACACCCACCAUGCAUGCGUUCCACGCUGUGUAUUUUGCGCCGUGCCAUGGCAUCCACCGAUCCAUCUCUCUUUGGUUUCUUGCCCCGCCGCUUGGCUUCGCUUGGCUUCGCUUCCAGUGCUCACCCACGGAAACGGACCGCAGGUCGGGGAGCUGGCGCUGGAGCGCGCGGCGGCCACCUUCGACGUCCUGGGGGCCGAGAGCAUGGGGCAGAUCGGAUACGUCCUGGCGCAGGCCAUGCAGUCCGCGGGGUGCACGGCCGUCCCGAUCCUCACCCAGGUCGUCGUGGACCAGUACUCAGAGGCCUUCAAGGACCCCACCAAGUUCGUCGGGCCGAUCUACGGGAGCAUCGAGGCCCAGGCGCUGGCGCAGUCCCUCGGGUGCGUAGUCUUUUUGUUUCGCGAUGGUUUCUGUUGUUGUUGUUGCUGUUGCAACGCGAGCUUGCUUGUUUCGGCAUAGCUUUCGGCUCACCGUGUUUUGCCUUCCAUGCUUAUAUUUCUCUCUCUCUCUCGCUGUGCGCACCACCGACCGACAGGUGGACCGUCAAACCGGACGGCGAAUACUUCCGCCGGGUGGUCCCCUCGCCGCCCCCGGUGGAGAUCCUGCAGAUCGACGCCAUCAAGACCCUGCUGGAGCACUCCCCCGGGAUCCUUCCGAUCGCCUGCGGCGGGGGCGGCGUCCCCGUCGCCCGGGUCCCGGCCAACCCCAACACGCUGCAGGGCGUGGAGGCCGUCAUCGACAAGGACGCCUGCGGGGCCAAGCUCGCCAACGAGCUCGACGCCGACGGCUUCAUCAUCUUCACCGACGGCGGGGGCAUCUGGGAAAACUUUGGCAAGCCCGAGGCCCGGGAGAUGGAGCAGGCGACCCCCGAGUACCUGAGGGGAACCAAGGCCGGGGCCAAGUUCCCCGGGUCGAUGGGACCCAAGGUGAACGCCCUGAUCGAUUUCGUCGAGGGAUCGAACAAGCCCGGGGCCUGGGCCGCCGUGGGCGACCUGAAGGACGCGGCCAAGAUCGUCGCCGGGGAGGAGGGGACCUUUGUCCGGGAAGAGGUCGAGAACGGUGUGCAGUGGAGGGCGGGAAAAUCGGGGCCGGCCCGGAAAGAGUCCAAGGACCCGCCCCCGUUUUAGAGCAGCGGAUCGGAUCGCCCUGGCGGCUCGACGCGGCGGGAACUCGUACCAUGCGACGCGAUUUGUAAUCGA